UAGAGAGCUACGUCAUCAAAAAAAUUUAAACGUGUCAAGUAGUCUGCAAUUCAAACCUUCCGCCAUUUUGAGGCACUACUGCUAGCUCGCUCCUGCUUUUUUUAAACAGGGGAAGAGAGUCGGUAGUCGCUUAAAAGCGGCAGAAAGCAGGAACGGACACUGGACAAGCCUUUGACAGGCUUUACGCUGAAUGGAAAGAUCCUGAAAUGAUUUAAGACGAAGAAAAAGGCAAAAGUUUUAUUCUUGAAAAUCAUAUGACAGGGAUUGUGUCCAGGACUAUGCGAAAACCUUUACAUUCAUAUAGUUUUUCCGCUUCCAAUUUCUUAAAGCGGAGUUCAUUGAUAUUAUCGCCAAACAUGGAACUAGUUUUUAUUUCAAUUCUUUGUAUAAUUCCAUCAGUUUUAGGAGCUGUUGUACCGUUUCCAUCUGGUGCAACAGAUUUAUUAAAGGUAGCUAAUAUAGAAACAAAAAUAUCAGGAACCCAAGAUGGCAUGUGUCCAGGGAGAGAUGUGGCUUACCCCCUUACAGGAAGUGAAGAGCUCAACUUUCAGCUACAAGAUGCAUUUCCAGAGGGUAUUCCAGAAACAUUCACGAUCAUCUCCACGUUUAAGCAGGGAAAAAUUGACCUUGCUGAUGGGAAGAAAAAAUUGAAAAUUCCCUUGUUGACCAUCUAUAACCAAGAAGAGGUUAGGGAAAUCCUUAGCGUGUAUGUUGGUUCACGGACAACGUUUCUCUAUAGUGACAACACAAUCAAAAAUGAGAAGCCAGCUAGAUUCAACUUUAACACUAAUGAUGAUAGUUGGCAUCGAGUUGCAAUAGUGGUACAAGGUCAGGAAAUUACUGCUUGGUUAGAUUGUGAUGCUCAAUCACCAAAGAAUCUGAAACGAGACAUUCCAGCACAAAUGAGCAGAGAAGGACUUGUUCUUAUUGGCAGGGAUUUUGGAGACUCAACCUUAUUUAAUGGAUUAAUCCAAGAUCUAGCAGUACUACCAGGAGAUCAUGGCAUGAAACAUUGUAUAGAGUUCUGUCCAGAAUGUAUGGCUGGUCCAGGCAAUGGUGUUAAAUCUGAACAGCCUCCACUCCCUGUCUACACUGAAGAUGGAGGUAUGUAUGUUAUGGGUGGCGACAAACUUGGAGGUGGUAUGCCCUUACUUGGUAAAGAUGGAGCUGCACUUCAAAUGGUAGGGAAAGACGGAGCUGGCAUUCAAAUGGUUGGAAAAGAUGGUGCUGGACUUCAAAUGGUUGAUAAAAGUGGACAAGGACUUGCUUUGACUGAGAAUGAAACUUUUGUGCCAUAUUCUCCAAUGCCAGGAGGUGAUAAAAAUGGAGGCAUGUAUGUUGACGGUAGAUUAGGAAUGCCAGUUGGAGGCGGUGAUAAAAAUGGAGGCAUGUAUGUUGACGGUGGAUUAGGAAUGCCAGUUGGAGGUGGUGAUAAAAAGACUGGAGGGCAGUUUGUUGUUGGAGAUAAGGUUUACGAUAAAGAAGGAUAUAUAGUUGGAAAAGAUGGCAGUCUGCUAGUAGAAUAUGAUGCAGCUGCCGGAGUGUCCUAUGCUUACAGAUAUGGCCCACCUGGACCACCAGGCCCAAGAGGACCAGCUGGACCACAAGGUCCAAAAGGAGAUUCAGGAUAUUCUGGCAGGGAUGGAGUACCAGGAUCAUCUGGUCUACCAGGAGCUCCAGGCCAUGUUUUUGUCAUUCCUAUGAAUUGGGACCAAAAGAGGGCACCACAAGCUGAGGCCUUCAGACAAAUGUUAUCACAGCAUAUGAUGUCUAUGCAUGGAGCAAAUGGACCCCAGGGUAUGACUGGAAAUUCAGGACCAGUGGGACCUCCUGGAGAUGGAGGAUUAAAAGGAGAUAUUGGACACCCAGGAGAACAGGGACCUCAAGGAGGCCGUGGUGCUCCAGGACCACAGGGUAAUCCAGGAAAACGAGGAAGAACUGGAAGAGACGGUGAAAGAGGAGCUAUGGGAGAUCAAGGAGAUAAGGGAGUUGCUGGUUACAAUGGAAUGCCAGGACCUUUUGGACAUAAAGGAGAUAGGGGUCAUCUUGGAGCCGCUGGCGUACCUGGACCAGUUGGACCAGAAGGUCCUCAGGGAGAUAUUGGAGAGCUAGGACCAGUGGGACCACCAGGAGAAUUGGGUCCAAGAGGUUUUAUGGGAACAAGAGGUAGAUAUGGACCAAUGGGAAGUCCUGGUGUACCAGGAACUGAGGGACCACCUGGGCCGAAAGGAAAUGAGGGGACAGUAGGAGCACCAGGUGCCCCUGGUAAUGGAGGAGCACCAGGACCAAAUGGUCCACCAGGACCACCUGGACCAAUGGGACCACCAGGCAUCUCUGGACCUGUAGGAAAACCUGGACUUCCUGGUUUACCUGGACCACUUGGACCAGCUGGAUUACCUGGCAGAGAGGGUGAUCCUGGAAUUAAAGGAGAUCAUGGCUCACAAGGAAUGCAGGGUAUUAUUGGAUAUCCAGGACCAAGAGGAAUUAAGGGAGAUACAGGUAACACAGGACCACUUGGGACUAAAGGUGACAUGGGUGGCCCAGGUAUGGAUGGUAUGAAAGGAGACUAUGGAUAUAAAGGGGAUAAAGGACUUAAAGGAACCAAUGGACCUCAAGGAUUCGAAGGAAUUGAAGGAACAAAGGGAGAUCCAGGACAAAGAGGAGAAGUAGGAGAACAGGGUGGUCAAGGAGAAAAGGGAAGACAAGGAAUGCCAGGUAUAUCAGGAUACCCAGGACCAAAUGGAGCAAAGGGACCAGCUGGUCGUCAUGGACGCCGCGGAAGAAGAGGCACAAGAGGAAAAUCUGGAAAACCUGGACAAGUGGGAGAUCGUGGAGAGCCUGGACCACAGGGACCAAAUGGUGAAAGAGGAAAGCAAGGAACACCAGGUCCCUUGGGACCAAAGGGAGAUUCAGGUGUACCCGGUCCACCAGGUUUUACGGGAGAACAAGGAAUCCAAGGGCCUCCUGGACCACCAGGUUUGAUGGGACCCUUUGGUCCACCGGGAUUGCCAGGAAAAGAAGGAAUGUUUGGACCCCCUGGAGAGAGAGGUGAAUCAGGUUCACCAGGACAGCCAGGAUUACCAGGACAAGCUGGUGUUAUGGGAGCAACAGGUUCUUCCGGAGAACCAGGUGCUGCAGGAGAUAGAGGCUCCCCAGGGAACCCCGGUCCACCAGGAGAAACUGGCGUACCAGGAAACACUGGAGAAAGAGGAGAACAAGGAAACUUUGGACCACAAGGAGAAACUGGAGUGAUGGGUCCCCCAGGUCCACCUGGUUUCCAAGGAGACAGAGGAUACCCAGGACCACAAGGAAAAGAUGGACCCAUAGGACCAACAGGACAGAGAGGACGAGUAGGGUCACCUGGAGAGAAAGGAUCAAUAGGCUUUCCAGGAUCAGCAGGAACACAUGGACCUCCAGGUCAGCCAGGAGCCCCAGGACAAGAAGGACAGAUGGGAACUAAAGGAGAUAUGGGUGUUGAAGGCCAGUCUGGAUUACCUGGACCAACAGGACCUGAUGGACCAAGAGGAUAUGCAGGACCACCAGGACCAAUUGGCUCACCUGGACAAGAUGGAGAUAAGGGAGAAAUUGGUGGUCCAGGACAAAGGGGACAGAAAGGAGAACAUGGUGAUAUGGGCCCACCUGGACCACAAGGACCCCAGGGUAUAGUUGGACCACUUGGACCACCGGGACCAAUUGGUGAGCCAGGAAUUCAAGGAAUCCAAGGACCAGUUGGAAUGAAGGGUACUGAUGGACCAAGAGGAUUAGUUGGACCUCCGGGUUUAGAGGGGCUACAAGGUUUACCUGGAGCUGAAGGAUCUAAGGGAGAGAGUGGAGAUCUUGGGAAAGUUGGACCACCUGGCCCACCUGGACCUGUGGGAAAACCAGGAACAGCAGGACCACCAGGUGUUCCUGGAAAUGAAGGACAGUUAGGACCUGAAGGAAAGCAAGGACAGAAGGGAGAGCAAGGAACUCCAGGUGAACCAGGAUACAGGGGAUUAGAUGGAAUGAUGGGACCUCAAGGACAACCAGGAGACAAGGGUGACAGUGGAAGACAAGGAAAUCAAGGACCAGCUGGAGAAAGGGGAGAAGUUGGACCAUUUGGACCUAAAGGCCAUGCUGGUAUGCCCGGAGACCCAGGAAUGACAGGACCAUCUGGGGAACCAGGUCAUAAGGGAGAGUCAGGCAGAGAUGGACCAGAAGGAGCCAAGGGACCACCGGGACCAGCAGGACCAGUUGGCUCACCUGGUGACCCAGGAUUACCUGGAAGAAAUGGAAAACAGGGAGACUCAGGAGCACCUGGUGUACCCGGGGCAAUAGGAGAAGUUGGAAUUAAAGGAAGUCAAGGAAUGAAAGGAAAUUCUGGACCAAGAGGACCCGCUGGACCUCCAGGCCAACCUGGAGUACAAGGAACUUCAGGACCUAGAGGAAAUCCAGGACCAGUGGGAGAAGCUGGUUCCACAGGACCACCUGGGUUAUCAGGAGAACAGGGACUUCUUGGACCACUAGGACCAUCUGGUUCAAAGGGAGAAAGAGGAGAGAAGGGUAUUAAGGGAAAUACAGGUAGAGUUGGAUCACCUGGUGUAAUUGGUGAUCCUGGACCAAAAGGACAUCCUGGACCCCAAGGGCCACCAGGAGAGAAAGGAGAUCGUGGACCUUUAGGUCAAAAUGGACCACCAGGAUUAAUGGGAGUGGAAGGCAUGCCAGGCUCACCAGGCCAAGAAGGACCUCCAGGACCUAAAGGUGAACAAGGACUUGAUGGUCCAAAGGGAAAUAAUGGUCCACCGGGUCCAGCUGGGCCAAUGGGACCACCAGGUGAACAACAGGCCUUCCCAGCUGAACUUCUUGGUAGAUACUUAAACCAAGGUGACAAAGCUGGUUCAAAUGGCCGUAGACGAAGGUCUGUACCAGACUUCCAGAGUGAUAUGGCUGUUAUGGUAGAAGACAUGGGUUCAAAACAGGUUGAACUGAAGGAAGGAGUAACUCUUGUUGUUAGUAGACUGUUUAGUCAGAUAGAUCAGCUUAGAGCAGAGGUCAAGAAGAUAAGAUAUCCUACAGGACAAGAAGACAGUCCAGCACCAACCUGCCGUGACAUUCAAAUGGUUAAUGAAGACGCUAAAGAUGGUUGGUAUUGGGUUGAUCCUAAUCUUGGUUCUCCUAGCGAUGCCAUGAAAGUCUGGUGUAACAUGGAGGCUGGAGGCCAGACUUGUGUUCAUCCAUUGAAAAAAUCAGCAGGGGCACCUCUUAAAUCUUGGCCAAGAAACAAGGAUGGCAAUCCAUUCUUUAGUGAAAUGAAAGGAGGUUCAACGAUUGAAUAUCCUGAUGAAGUCCAAUUGGCUUUCCUCCGUUUAAGUAGUCUGGAAGCAUCACAGAAGUUUACUUACUAUUGUAAGAAAUCAAUAGCAUGGUUUGACUCAGAAAUGUCAAAUUAUGACCAAGCCAUCACACUUGAAGGUUACAAUAAAGAAAAGAUAGACACAACUGAUGUCAGCAAUGUCAAUGAUGGAUGUGCAGAUCGUUCUGGAGAGGGCAAGACUAUAUUUGAUGUCUAUGCCUCUGAUGUUUCAAUCCUACCAAUCAUGGACUUUGCACCUAAAGAUUAUGGGGCAGAUGGCCAAGAGUUUGGAUUUGAAGCAGGACCUGUUUGCUUCUUCUAGAACCUACAUGUCAGUGUCAUGCAGUUCAAAUAGAAACUUGGACAACCACAAUAUGCACUGCUUAAUGUUUUACACAGCUAAACACUUUUAUGUUGCUUUAUUUUUCAGUAGUUUUAAAAAUGAAUAUACAAAACAUGUCUUAGGAAAUUUGCAUUGCUCAAUAAAUUUGCUUAAUUGGUGCUUCCAAAAAAACAAAAACAUUACUGCACAUAUUAUUUAUUUUUAAAUAUUACAUGCCAUGUAUGUGAGAUAAUUGUAUAUGUUAGAAAGAAAUGUAAGCUUUUGUAAUUGAAUAAUCCAUCACGAACAAUGUAUAUGUUAGAAAGAGAAAUGUAAAGAAAUUUGAUAAUCUAGCACAGACCAAUUUUAUUGUCUCACUUUUGUUCUUUCCAUUCAUUUAUUUCUUAUUGCACAUUUUUCAUUUUAAGCUACCAAUCAAAAAAUUAUACUUAAUUUUAUAAAAAAAAUAAAAAUGUUUUUAUAUACUGCUCAACAUAAAGUAGAACAUUACACAUCAUAUAUUUUUGUCAAUUUCUAGGAGGUAUUGUUUUGUAGAAUUUUACAGCUGCUUAUUUUGAAUUGUAAAUAUUUUUAGAAAUCAAGCCUGUCAGAAAUUUCUAUGUGUAAUUUUUGAAUAGUUUUCUUUUAACUGUUAUCUAACUUUCCUCCUUUUUAUAGCUUUAGCUGUUUUUAUAGUGGUUUUUUUUUUAAUCUGUAUUGAAAUGUUUUGCUGUAGGUGACGUCUUCUAUUACCUCAGAACAAGUUUUUUUUUAAUUUACAAAAAAUACAAAAUUGACUACUUGCAAGAAUAUUGGUUAAUACUUAUGAUUCGUAUUGAAAAAUGAAUCACAUCUAUUCGCAGGCCAGAUGCUUUAAAUUAUUCCGGAUUAACAAAAGUAGAUUUGUGACAGGCUUGAUUAUUGAUUGUUUAUAUACAGCAGGCAGGGGCCAAGUGGAAAUAAAACAUAUAUCUAAUCUAUAUAGUCUGUAAGGAGAAGCUGGUUCUGUGAUUUAACAUUGUAUUUUGUAAUUUUGUAUCAUUGUUUUUACUUUUUUAUGAAUUUUUUUAUUUGCAAAUGUUUAAAUAUUUGUUAUUUUCUCAGAAAACAUUUGUAAUAAAUUUCUUAAAAGGAAUGUAUUGUCAUUUAGUUUCUCUUUUUAUUGGAACUUACUUGUUAGUAAUGUUUUUUCUGUAAAGUAAGGAGAAUUUAAACAUUUGUAUUUUACUUAUUAUCCGUCCAAUCACAGAACAGCAUGACAACUAGCUCAAUCACUGCCAUAGAACACAUUUUUGCCAAAUAAAAGUAUUUACCUUUUCA